AGACGAACAAAUCGCUUCGUAAAAACCCAACGCAAAUAACCGAACCAGUGCAAUUAAUUUUUGUUAAUAAACGUACACUAACAAUGUUACCAAUUCAAGUUUCGAAAGUUAUCUGAAAAUGAACAUUUCCAUGUUAGAAACGAUCAUAAACAGUGCAUCUGCAUCGGUGUGUAGGCUAUGCCUCAGUUACGACGCUUCUGAAUACGUUUCCCUUGAUGCACAUGAAUCUGACUCGCUCGUGGCAAUUAUCAACAAAUGUACCGGAAUAAAGGUUCGAGGAAAGACAAACAACGUCGCAAACAAAAUAUGCAACGAUUGCCGGAAUGAUGUAGUCAAAUUUAACCAACUGCGAGAAAGGUGUUUGGCAUCGAAUAAAAUUCUGCUCGAUCUAUAUAGGAAAAGAAAUAGACUAACACCCAGGUUGUUAUCUAGCAUACCGUCCUUAGCAAAGGAAAACUAUGGCGAGCGCGAACAGCAAGAAAUAUUCACCCCAACAGAAACAAAUUCUAAUAUUAACGUUCAAUCAACGUACAUCGAAGCGAUCGUUCCCGAAACAGAUGAAAUGCUUAGCACGGAUUCAUACAAUCAAGUAGACCUUGGACCCAAAGACAAUCGAGAGGAUGAUGUACCAAAACUGGUAUGCUGUGGUUGUAAUCCUUCGCCAGAGUUCAGCACCACAGCAGAACUAACAGCCCAUGGUGAUAAGCAUCACAAAAAGUACCGUGUCUCCGAUGGUUCAAUUCGACCCUUCGAAUGCAACAUUUGUUUUGAACGGUUUUUAACACCAUCGUUGCUGAAACACCAUCAAACACGUCCCUACCGGAAACGGUCACACAUUUGCAGGUCCUGUGGGUCGGCUUAUUUCACGAACUCUGCCUUGAACCGGCACGAAAAGGUGUGCACUGUAGUUGAUAAGAACUAUACCUGCGAACAGUGCGGUAAACGGUUUCGCCAAAUCAUUACGCUGAAAAACCACCGCAAACUGCAUCAAGCGGAGAAAGCAUUCGCAUGUCCCGUGUGUGGCAAAACGUUUAAGCAAAAGUUUGAAAUCACCAUCCACAUGGUAACACACACCGGGGAACAGCCUUAUCCUUGUGAUCAGUGUCCGGCUAGGUUCAAGCGGAAACAAGCACUGAAAAAUCACCAAAAUCGCCAUCGGAAUCCGCGUCCAUUCAAAUGUGGAUCAUGCGAUGAAUGGUUCGGUAAUCCAACGGCUCGCAAAUUUCAUCGACUUACUGUACACGAAGGGCUUGAUCCGUUCCGAUGCGACCAGUGCGGUGUGAGCUAUGGGCGCAGGUUACGACUUACGCAGCACAUGAAGAAAGUGCAUGGAGAAGUGGGCUAAUAAAUCAUUCAUUUUUGGAGAGAUA